AUGAAUGGAACAAGUUCAUUGAUGACCCUCAAGAGAAUAUUCAUCUUUUCUCUUUUCUCAGUGUUUGUUUUGUGCUUCCUGUUGUUGGUCAAUGAGGGACACAUCAAACAUGAAUCUUCAUCUCCCCCUGUCGGAAUUCAGACUUUUCACAAGUACAACAUCAACUGUUUGGCCAUCUAUGACUUUGAUCCAAUGGAGGUGGAGAAAGCGCUGAUCAUCAAGAAGAACCAAAUUGUAAAAGACACAGAUGAAAGUCUGUCUGUAGCCACAUCAAACUGUCCACUCUUCAUCCAGACAAGAGGUUAUGAUGACGUGUGUGUGUCUGAGGAGGAGAAAGACUUUCCUAUUGCUUAUUCUUUGGUUGUUCAUAAAUACGCAUGGAUGGUAGAAAGGCUAAUCAAGGCAAUCUACUCUCCUGCAAACAUCUACUGCAUCCACUAUGAUGAAAAGUCUCCUGCUUCGUUUAAAUCAGCCAUCAAGAGCUUCGCCAGCUGUUUGCCAAAUGUCUUCGUUGCCUCCAAAAUAGAGUAUGUCUAUUAUGCCAGCUUCAGCCGAGUACAAGCUGAUCUUAACUGCUUUUCAGAUCUUCUGAGGUCAGAAGUCAAGUGGAAGUACCUCAUCAACCUCUGUGGCCAGGAUUUCCCCCUCAGAACAAACAUAGAGCUGGUGUCAGAGCUGAAGGAGUUGAACGGAACAAACUCGCUCAUGACACGUCAAACACCAGAACACCAAAAGCGAAGGUAUAAAUACCAAUAUGAAGUAAUAGGUAACAGUGUUUACGUUAAAAGGCUGGUGGGGACGGAGAGGUUAAAGUCAGCACCUCCACACGGCAUUGAAAUAUUUUUUGGCAGUGCCUACUUUGUCUUGUCACGAGACUUCAUUGUUUACAUGAACUCCUCAGCUGUGGUGAAGGACUUCCUGAAGUGGUCAGAAGACACCUUCUCCCCAGAUGAACACAUCUGGGCUACACUUGUACGAAUUCCAGGUGUACCUGGGGAGGUGCCCAGAUCCAGUCCUGACAUCACUGACCUGAUGAGUAAGACCAGGCUGGUAAAGUGGUUAGGUCAUGAACCGCACCUGUAUCCUCCAUGCUCUGGGAUUCACAUCCAUGAAGUCUGUAUUUAUAGUCUAGGGGAAUUGCGCUGGUUGCUGAACUAUGGUCACUGGUUUGCCAAUAAGUUUGACCCCAACAUGGACCCAAUUCCACUUCAGUGCUUGGAGGAGAAGCUUGAGGAAAGAAGAAAGCUUUUUGGCUGUUAG